AAAGUCAUAUAUAAACAGUGUCACACAUUACCUGGUACACUAAAGUUGGAAUCUAAAUAGGAAAAAUCUCAAAGGCCUUGAGAGGUUAUAUAAUCCCAUCAAUGGGUCCUUGGGAGAUAUUAUUAUAGAUUUCUUCAUCUUAUCAGAGCCUCUUGUCGAAAAUAAAACUAGCUCUCAAAGUGGAAGCCAGUGGGCAAGUCUCUCUGACCAUACAGGCCAAAUCUUUUCUCACUCUCCGGCGCGUGGACUCCUAUCUCUCUCUACAAGACUCUCCUGUCUGGUAUCAAUUUCCAAAGAUGAUCAAUCAAGUCUAUAGGAAGGAACAGUAGGGAGAAGUAACAUCAGCUUGAAAACGAAGAGUCUGUUGUUCAUCAAGCUCUGUUGGAUUUGAAGAACGAACAGUGACAUGUUGAUGAAUGUGCGAUGCACGCGCCUGAUAAAGAGUGUGGCCAUAUGAGUCAUGAGCCAUACAGAUGCCUAGUUGCUACAUAGAGAGCUACAGUCAAAGUCAGUUAUUCAUUAGGAUUUUGAAUUUCCAAUACAUUUUUAUUUCUCAGAAUUAAGAGAAAAUAAAAAAAAUAAAAGAUCCCAUUGUUGUUAUCCUCACAGUAAAUGCUUUUGCUCGAGAGAGAGAGAGGGUCUGUUAGAGGUUUUUUGUUUGUUUCUGUUUCCUUCUGUCACCCAGAAAAAGGAAAACACAACCAAAAAAAAAAACAAAUUCAAGAAGAGAGAGAGAGAGAGAGAGAUAUCCCUUAAAUAAAGUCUUAAACCAUUGUUGAUAGAAGAGAAAGCUUUUCCUGUUUUGUUUUUGCUUAUGGCUAUGAUGAGAAAGAAUGAAAGAGAGAAGAAGAGAAGUAAGUAGUAAGUGAGCUGAGAAAGUAUUAAGCUUUGCAUGUUCCUUUCUCUCCAAGUUUAUAUCUUCAUCAUAAAGUCUCCACCUUUGAUUCUGUUUCUCUUCUUAUCCAUUUAUCCUCUCUCUCUCCUCAUAAUACUAGCCACAAUCUUUUUUAGGGUUUCUCACAACUUGUAUCGUAUCUACUUCACUUAAAAAAAAGUUAACAAAACAAGGAGUCUUCCUUCUUGUGAAUGCAAAAUGGAUCGAAGAGAUGCAAUGGGAUUAUCCGGGUCGGGUUCUUACUAUAUCCAAAGAGGAUUAUCCGGGUCUGGUCCUCCAACGUUUCACGGAUCACCACAGCAGCAGCAGCAGCAACAAGGGCUUCGUCACUUACCUAAUCAAAACUCUCCAUUCGGAUCAGGCUCCACUGGGUUCGGAUCUCCUUCUUUACAUGGUGAUCCUUCUCCGGUAACAGCUGGAGCUCUUCCUCAUCAUAUCGGCGUUAAUAUGAUUGCUCCUCCCCCUCCUCCUCCUCCUCCGAGUGAGACUCCCAUGAAGCGAAAGAGGGGACGACCUAGAAAAUACGGACAAGACGGUUCUGUUUCUCUGGCAUUGUCUUCUUCCUCUGUUUCGACCAUCACUCCCAACAAUUCUAACAAACGUGGCCGUGGUCGACCUCCGGGCUCUGGCAAGAAACAGAGAUCGGCUUCUAUUGGUGAAUUGAUGCCUUCAUCUUCUGGAAUGAGCUUCACGCCACAUGUUAUCGCGGUUUCAAUAGGAGAAGAUAUUGCAUCGAAGGUUAUAUCAUUCUCUCAACAAGGUCCAAGAGCGGUUUGCGUUUUAUCUGCAAGUGGCGCAGUCUCUACUGCAACACUUCUUCAACCUUCGGCAUCUCCCGGAGCCAUUAAAUAUGAGGGCCGGUUUGAAAUCCUCGCGUUGUCAACAUCUUUUAUAGUGGCUACUGAUGGAAGCUUCCGUAAUCGAACUGGAAACUUAUCGGUUUCGCUUGCUAGUCCCGAUGGGCGUGUGAUUGGUGGUGCCAUUGGGGGGCCUUUAAUAGCAGCAACUCCUGUUCAGGUUAUUGUAGGGAGCUUUAUCUGGGCAGCUCCAAAGAUCAAGAGCAAGAAACGAGAAGAAGAAGCUUCUGAAGUUGUUCAAGACACCGAUGAUCAUCAAGUUCUGGACAAUAAUAGCAACACGAUUUCACCUGUUCCUCAGCAGCCACAGUCACAGCCAAGCCAAAACCUGAUAUGGUCAACAGGUUCAAGGCAAAUGGAUAUGCGUCAUGCUCAUGCUGAUAUUGAUUUAAUGCGAGGUUGAUGACGAUUAUAGCAAGAACUCUGUGUAUAUAAAGCAUGGAAUCUAGGAAGAAGAAGAAGAAGGAAUAUAAACUAACCUCUGAACAAAAAGUAUGUGGAAUUGUUAGGGAAAAAGAUUGACUCUAGUGUACCUCUCAAAUCUCUAAGCUUAUUUGGUUUUGUUUUUCUUUGUGACUCUGAAGAUUUGCAGAGUUUCUAGAUUUCUCUUUAUUUCAGAAUGUUCAGUCUU